UCAGCUGAAGUUUAUGAGUUCAUGAAAAAAGAUAUAAGUGAAUUUUCUUCAGCAGUGAAAUCUGAGGCAACUACUAUAGCAGAAGUUGUAAAAUGUGAAGCAUCAACCAUUGCUGAAGCAGUGAAAGAUACUUUACAGUUAGACAAUGAUGAGUCUACAGCUGGAACUGUGAAAAAGUCUGUAAGUUCAUUCUUUAGUCAGUUGUGGGAACCUAUUACUAUUGACGAUCAGCUGAGUCCGAUGGUUAUAAAGGACUCUGAACCAGUUUGUAUGACUGACCUUCAGUAUAAACACCAUCUUCUUAUUACUGAUGCUAAGACUUUCACUGAAUGUAUAUCUGAUGAGGAGCAACCACAGUUUGAUGCUUGGUACAAUAUUGUGGAGGAGGAUUUUACUGAUGUUGAUUCUCUGGGUAGACAACUUUCUUCAUGCCCAGCUUUAGAAGACAAAUACCGAGACCUUGUUCCUGAUCAGGUGAGUCAUUCUGACUUUUGGAAAAGAUACUUAUUUCGAAAAGCACUGAUGCUUGAUAGAUAUGCUGAACAAGACAGGCGAAAGGCUAGAGAACGGCAAGAAGCUGAAAACUUUCCAUGGGAGAAAGAAAACUUUGCCACUGAUAUUGAACUGUCUGAAGAGGAACAAAUAAAGAUUUUAUCAGAUUAUGAAGAAGAGAAAAAUCUGAAAAAUCAAAAAAAAAUUAAGGAUUCCAGCAGUAACAAUCAUCUUAUAGUCAGAGAACGAAAUGACUUAGUUAUUGUUGGUACAGAAACUCCAUCACAAGCUUCAACUUCUAGUAAAGAGAGCACAGAUGGUGACUGGGAAAAAGAAUUUGAAAUUGAAGACAACGAAGAACGAAAUGAAGGUUCUGACAUAACUAAACCAAUAAUAUCUUAA